AUGGCCCGUAGACAUGUAGACAGGUUAAUACAUGGUGCAAGGCAUCUAAUGGCUAAGCGAAAGGGAGCUGUCCAUUUGAAUGGGUUGCUACAUCAUUGCUCAGAGGAGUCUCAUGGAGAGCCUAUGCCCCGAGAAUGGUAUCAAAAGGAAUUCCCCAAGUUAACAAAACUAACCCAAUUGUUAAAAAAUGUCGAUUUGGUUGAUGGAAGGCUUGUUAACAUCAGUGAUGGUUCGAUUAUCAUGGAUGACCGUAUUGAACACAGAAUGCUUACUUUCAAGUCACUUGCCAGGGAAUUUAUUGGUUCUCCAUUAGUUCAGCAAACGUUAAAGAAUGAUGUCGUGGCGUUGUCAGGUGGAAAAAUCUGUAAUCAAUUUGUGUGUUUCAGUAAACCAAAUGAAAGAGAGCCCAUGGUUGUAAAAACACUCUCCGUAGUAAGUGGCUUUCUGAACAUCACUGCUCAACAAAGACAGUCAGUACGUGUUACAUUAUCUCCACAGAUUACACAGCACCGCAUAUGGACUGGGACGCUUAAGGAGGUACUCAAUGGAUUGAAAUCCGAGUUGGAAUAUUUAGAUCAUCGGUGCCCAAGCAAAGGAACGAAGAUGGGACAGCAGAUAGUUGCUAGCUGUCUAAAGUUCUUGGCUGACACAUCCACAUCCAUUUCAUAUGAACAUGAUUGCUCUUCAUGGACGCGCCUAUCGCCUGCAAAAGUUACAGACUCUUCUGGUUUGCAAAAAUGGGAAGAUGUUCUUGAGAUGUUCAACGACCUCAUUGAUUGUUUGAAAAAUGAAAGGGAGUUACUUCUUUACGUAGCGAAGCUUGAGGUCUUGAAAGAGGGGCUGUCUCAGAUCAAGGAUGUGUUGACUGAUAGAAAUAUAGGACACAAGGAAGUUCGGCAUCAAGAAAGCCUAGUGCAGAAGAAGCUGACAAAGACAUUGGGUCAUUCGUCCAAGUGCCUGUUCACACUUCUGUUAUAUUACCUCUUUGGGCAUGUUAGAGAUAUUGAAGUGGACGUACGUGGCGGUAUUUAUAGCAGCGGUAGUGAGAACGAUUUCUGCUUGUGCAUGGGAAGGAUUGUGACUUCAGAUGAGGAGGAGAUGGUUUGGAGUGGGGUGAGGCAGUUGGACAGGGCUCUUGGACUUUUCAAGUUUGUAUGGGAAACAGCAGGGAUGAAAGGAGCUUUACAACUGCAAGGGCAUAUAUGGUGUGUAGGGGCUGAAGGCAGAACACUUGCAUACAGAGGAAACACAUUUUUUGUCCAUGGGAUUCAUGUUUGA